UUCGUUCCUUCCUGUUUCAUCGUUUCCUUCUUGGCCUCCUUCCUUUGCCUGGUUGAUUCAGUCCCCAGAGACGAGUGCGGGGGGGUCGCUCAACCCUAGCGUGGCAAGAGCGGCAACCGAUCGGUGAAGUUCUUCGAUGGAGUACGACGCCAUGGAGGCUUCCUCGAGCGCCCACUUCUCCGGCUUCCGCCUCGACGGCCUCGUCUCCUCGUCCACCCCUUCCCGCAGGCAGCGCUUCCUCAUCGGAGUGUCUGGGGGCACGGCGUCGGGGAAGACGACGGUCUGCGAUAAGAUCAUCCAGCAACUUCACGAUCAUCGCGUCGUUCUCAUGAAUCAGGAUUCUUUCUAUCGUGGAUUGACUGCUGAAGAAUUGGAGCGUGCUCAUGAUUAUAAUUUCGAUCAUCCAGAUGCCUUCGACACUGAGCAACUAUUGGAUUGCAUGGCUAAGCUGAAAGAUGGGCAGUCUGUUAAUGUUCCCAUAUAUGAUUUUAAGACCCAUCAAAGAUGUUCUGAUUCCUUUCGGAAGGUUAAUGCAUCCGAUGUGAUUAUCUUGGAGGGGAUUCUGGUUUUCCAUGAUGAGCAGGUUCGUGAUAUGAUGAACAUGAAGAUCUUUGUUGAUACAGAUGAUGAUGUUAGACUUGCCAGGAGGAUAAGACGUGAUACUGUGGAGAGGGGUAGAGAUAUAAAUUCUGUUCUUGAACAGUAUGCAAAGUUUGUGAAGCCCGCUUUUGAUGAGUUUAUUCUGCCAUCCAAAAAAUAUGCGGAUGUAAUCAUACCUAAAGGAGGUGAUAACCAUGUGGCUAUUGAUCUAAUUGUUCAACAUAUACACACAAAGCUUGGUCAGCAUAACCUAUGCAAGAUCUAUCCUAAUGUUCAUGUCGUUCAGUCCACAUUUCAGAUAAGAGGAAUGCACACUUUGAUACGGGAUCAAGAGAUAUCAAAGCAUGAUUUUGUAUUUUACUCUGAUCGGCUUAUACGGCUGGUUGUAGAGCAUGGUCUUGGGUAUCUUCCAUUUACAAAGAAACAGGUUCUCACUCCAACAGGAUCUGUGUAUACUGGGGUUGAAUUUUGCAAGAAAUUGUGUGGAGUCUCCAUUAUUCGAAGUGGUGAGAGCAUGGAGAAUGCAUUGCGCGCUUGUUGCAAAGGAAUUAAAAUAGGGAAAAUUCUGAUACAUCGUGAUGGUGACAAUGGGAAGCAGCUCAUUUAUGAGAAGCUUCCCAAAGACAUUUCUGAACGUCGAGUCCUGCUGCUUGAUCCAGUUCUCGGUACAGGAAAUUCUGCAAAUCAGGCUAUCGAACUUCUCAUACAGAAAGGUGUCCGAGAACACCACAUAAUUUUUCUUAAUCUGAUCUCAGCUCCUGAAGGGAUCCAUACAGUUUGCAAACGAUUUCCAUCUUUAAAAAUUGUUACCUCUGAAAUUGAUGCGACACUAAAUGAAGAUUACCGUGUUAUUCCUGGGUUGGGUGAAUUUGGAGACCGGUAUUUUGGCACAGAUAAUUAGUAAUUCAUGUGAUUUGGCAUUGAUUUUGAGAAUAAACUUAGAUUCUAUCCCCAUGAUGUUCUGUUCCAUCCUUGUCCAGAUACAUGGAAGUCCGGCUUCAGGCAAGUGUUGAAGGAGCAGGUCACUCAGUAAGAUUGAAAUGUGAUUCUUGAUUGUGUUGAACUGAGGAAAUCAAUAAUGGUUGUUGUCCGUCAAUUACCCUGGUCAAACAUGAAAAAAUGAUUGCAGAAAAAUUAGAUUUCAAGAUAUUAAGAUAUUCAUAUUUUGUCAGAGUUACAUAACUAAUGUAGAUCAUGUCCAUAAGGUUUGAUGAAAAAUUUUUACAUGACCAUGCCAAUAAGAACUCAAAUAAG